AUGGCCAGCAAUCAUGAUGUCGCAACCCGGUCAGACCAGGUUGACUUCUGUACUCUAGGAAUGUUUAUUCUUGAUGAUAUUGAUUUCGGCGGCGUAAGACCAGGCGUCAAGAAUAUUCUUGGAGGAGCCGCAUCUUUUGCAGUUGUGGGAGCUCGUUUAGUGGCAGGCUCCGCGCAUGGACGUGCUGUUAGCUGGAUCGUGGAUGUUGGAUCCGAUUUCCCACCAGAAACCCUAGCUGCCAUUCAGUCAUGGGGCACAGACUGUGUCAUCAGAGAGGAUUUUAACAGGCUGACAACAAAGGCCUGGAACGGGUACCAUCCGAACGAGAAACGAGAUUUCGAGUACCUUACUCCUAAGUUAAGGCUGGAGCCUCAUAUGCUCUCCGAUACGCAGGUGUGGUCACGGACUUUCCACAUGGUCUGCUCACCCUCGCGAUGCAUAUCAAUUGUACACGAUAUCCUCGAACGACGGGGUGAGCUGCAACGAGCAGGCCUCGCUCCUUCCACUCCACAUGCCUUGGAUCGUCCCUUUUUCGUCUGGGAGCCAGUGCCUGAUCUCUGCACACCAGAAGAGCAAAACAAGUUCUUCGCUGCAAACCGAGUGGUGGAUAUUGUUAGUCCUAAUCACCUUGAGCUGGGAAUGAUGUUUGAGCAGCCUGGAUGGACUACGAAUGACGAAGCGAGCCGAAGACUGGUGAAGACUGUCAUUGAAGCCGGAAUCGGUCCCACUGGCAAUGGCUGCCUGGUUAUCCGAGCAGGGAAAGAUGGGAGUUACGCCUACUCGAGAGACCAGGAAAUCUGGCUUCCAGCCUAUCAUCAACCCGAUACUUCAGGUGCUACGCUGGUGAUCGAUCCCACAGGUGCGGGCAACUCGUUCCUCGGCGCGCUGGCUCAAGGAAUGAUAUCUGCCGGCCGAGAGCCCUUUGGCGUUAUCGACUCUAUUCUAUCGAACUCUAAGGAAUGGGAAGACGGCAUGGUUCCCUGGGGCGGGCGUCAAGAUCUACCUAAAGCUCUUAUUUGCGCAACUGUUGCAGCCGGGUUUGUAGUGGAGCAAAUUGGCGUGCCGCAGAUCUCAGAGUCGAAGGAAGGGAAGGAAUUGUGGAAUCAGUCUGAAUUCACGGAACGAGUCCGCCUGUACACGCAGCGAUUAUUUAGAACGUUGGAAGAGUCUCCCCAGAGACACCUGUUGACCAAUUGA